CAGACUGGUCCCAAGAGGCUGCGGUAGUGGUCUAGACCUGAAUCUGGGUUCCUUUCUUCUGAAGGUUCUGUGUUUCACACAAUAGACAUGGAUGGAAGGAACAUAAGAAUUGCCAAGCAAUUUUUAUACCCUUGUCUAAUUUAUGCAGACACUAAGUUCUUGCAGACCGAAAAUGUGUAUCUUUCCCCCUUGUGCUUUGAUGGCUAACAUUCUUUUUAAUGACAGUCAUUUCUAUAACAGGAAGAUGUUUUCAUUUGUAUUUACUUUUCAGCACCACGCAAUUAUGCAGUUUUGCGCUUCAGUACUGUCUCGGUACUUUGUGUCUCAAAAGAGAAUUACAGUACUUAGAACAGGACUGCAAUUUGAAGCAGGUGUUGUGUUUUACUGUUAUGCAAAAUAACAGUAAAAUAUAAUUGUGGAGGAAAUUAAGGAAACAGCUGCAAACUUGGUAUGAAAACUGCUACAUUAUGAUUUGUAAGCAGUUCUUAGGGAUAUUUUACAUCGGAGGAGCAGGGAAGGAUUUUGACUGAGUUAGUCCUGCUGGCGGGCUGUUGAUCAACUGGUGCGUCAGGCUCAUACCUCUCUGCAGCCAGGGGAGGAAAGAGCACCCAGAACUGCUCUGCUCCUACUGCCAGAGCAUCCAGGACCCACCCUGCGAAUGGGAAGAAACGCACAGCGGUAUUGAUGAGCGGCCCCUUGGAUUCAGAGGGUGGCUGAAGCAAACCAUGCCUGCUUCCCUCUUCUGCUCCCGAAAGCUGUGACCCGCCCGUGCCGGAAGAUGGCACAUGGGAUCGCUUCCCAAGGCAAAGUGACCAUCACCGUGGACGAGUACAGCUCCAACCCCACCCAGGCCUUCACCCAUUACAAUAUUAACCAGAGCCGCUUCCAGCCGCCCCAUGUACAUAUGGUCGACCCCAUCCCAUAUGACACUCCAAAACCAGCUGGCCACACGCGAUUUGUCUGCAUCUCAGACACACACUCCAGAACAGAUGCUCUCCAGAUGCCUUACGGGGACAUCCUCCUCCACACGGGCGAUUUCACCGAGCUGGGACUGCCCUCAGAGGUUAAGAAGUUUAAUGACUGGUUAGGAAACCUGCCAUAUGAAUAUAAAAUAGUGAUUGCUGGGAAUCAUGAACUGACAUUCGAUAAGGAAUUCAUGGCAGACCUUGUUAAACAGGACUACUACCGUUUCCCCUCUGUGUCCAAAUUGAAACCAGAGGACUUUGACAAUGUUCAGUCCCUCCUGACGAACAGUAUUUACUUGCAAGAUUCGGAGGUCACAGUGAAGGGGUUCAGGAUAUACGGUGCACCUUGGACCCCGUGGUUUAACGGAUGGGGCUUUAACCUCCCGCGCGGCCAGUCCCUGCUGGACAAGUGGAACCUGGUUCCCGAGGGCAUCGACAUCCUCAUGACCCAUGGACCUCCGCUGGGUUUUCGAGACUGGGUGCCCAAGGAGCUGCAGAGGGUGGGCUGCGUGGAGCUCCUCAACACUGUGCAGAGGCGGGUCCGGCCCAAGCUCCACGUGUUCGGUGGGAUUCAUGAAGGUUAUGGCAUCAUGACCGACGGCUACACGACCUACAUCAACGCCUCCACGUGUACGGUCAGCUUCCAGCCGACCAACCCUCCGAUCAUCUUCGACCUUCCCAACCCACAGGGCUCCUGAACCUCCGAUACCCAGGACGAAUGUGCGGGAAGGUCCACAAAUUGCCGUUCUUCUCCUUACAAACUUCAUUCUCUUACUUGUUUAUUUCCAAAUCCUGUGAUUUCUUUUUGUAAGUUGUUGGAACAAACAAAAAGAUGCUAGAGGUUGUGCUUCUUUCUCCUUUUUCUCUUUUUAAUGGGACCUCCGUUUGAAACCAGAGGAGCGUUGUAAAUUUGUAAGAUGACUUGUUUUCUCAAAGGCCAUGCCAUUGUAAAUUGUUAGUGUUCGCCAAAGGACAGCCAAGCUUUCUUUUAAAGGGUGACAAAAGUCUUAUUUUAAUAUGCUUUAAGCUGGAAGAAAAAGGAAAAAAAAGGAACAGGCAGACAGUGUUUUUAAAACCACACAGAUUUGCACAACUUUAGAGUAUUGUUUGAAGUAUUUUGUUUUUUAAUGUGUUGUUGUUGUCGUUGUUGUUUUGCUGGUAAUGCUUCCUUUUGCAGUUCUGGUCCGGUUGAGAGUGACCUUCACAGCAGAGUAGGCGCAGGAAGCCUCCCCACACCGUGGCUCUGGCCAAGACUGUCGCCCCAGGCCGAGACUCCAGCCCUGUCUGCAGGACUGGGGGGCCCCUGAGCUUCUCACUGUGGUCACACAAGGACUCCUUGUCUGUUUGUUGCUUUUAAAUUAUUUUAGCUUUAAAAAUAUGGAAACAGAAUCUGUCAAGAGCAAGUGUUUCAUGCAGUUUUUGAAAAAAUGAGCGUGCAGACUCCUGUUCAACAUGGUUGUAUAUAUAUAUAUAUAUAAGUAUUUUUUGUGUAUUAUGAUUAAGUUAGGAGUUUAAUAUUGCCAAGAGCAGUACGGGAGGGUGCGGUAUAGAAGUGCAUCGAAGUCCCGGAGAACUGCUAUGUUUCCUCCGAGCUCAAGGUCUGAAAGAGCUUGAGUUAAAUCUAGGUACAGUGACAAGCGUGUAUAGACGUAAAUGGAUGCAAUGGAAGGUAACGGAAAUAAGGCUUAGUUGUCCUUUCUAUUUAAAUGCCCCAGAUUGUCUUCUUACUUCCUGUCCCCUCCCAUUUUGCACUGUGUGUCGAUGCAAUCUUCGCUAGCACAAAUUAUUGUCGCUAAUAGUCAUUUCUGUUUUCCCAUUGUAAAUGCUGUUUGGGCUUUAUUCCAUUUUAUGUUAUCUUGAAAUUUAGGAAACCAGUUGUUUCUUUAAAUUUAUUGUGAUAUUCUAUAUCUAGCGGCCUUUAUAUGCAAAUAAAAUUGCAAGAUUUUUAAAUC